AUGGCUUUGCUCGUCGAUAAGUUGCGCCCAAGGUCGCUUGAUAGCCUCACAUAUCACCCUGAGUUAUCAGAUCGCCUUCGAUCAUUGGCGCAAAGCGGCGACUUCCCUCAUCUCCUAGUCUACGGUCCUUCAGGAGCAGGCAAGAAAACACGUAUUAUCGCCACACUAAAAGAGCUGUACGGCCCCGGAGUCGAGAAGAUAAAAAUCGACGCUCGAGUGUUCCAAACGACUAGUAACCGCAAGCUUGAAUUCAAUAUCGUCUCAUCCGUCUAUCAUCUUGAGAUCACACCCUCAGAUGUUGGCAACUAUGACCGUGUCGUUGUCCAGGAACUAUUGAAGGAGGUUGCUCAGACACAGCAGGUGGAUCUUGCUGCAAAGCAGCGCUUCAAGGUGGUUGUGAUUAACGAAGCCGACCACCUCACCCGUGAUGCUCAAGCCGCCCUGCGUCGAACCAUGGAAAAAUACAGCCCGAAUCUGCGAUUGAUCCUCUUGGCCAAUAGCACAUCUAACAUCAUCGCUCCAAUCCGUUCUCGUACCCUGCUGGUCAGGGUUGCCGCUCCCACUGAGGAGGAGAUUUGCUCGGUGCUCCGUAUGGCUGCAAAGAGAGAGGGUUGGACUGAGGCUGAGGGACUGAACCAGCGGAUUGCACGGGAGAGUCAACGGAAUUUGCGCCGUGCCUUGCUAAUGUUGGAGUCUAUCUAUGCACAGAAUGAAAAAGUAACCGACAUGACUCCAAUUCCACCUCCCGACUGGGAGGCCCUUAUUUCUAUCACUGCAGAUGAAAUUCUUGCUGAACGUUCACCUGCUCGGUUAUUGCAAGUCCGCGCUCGCCUCUAUGAUCUUCUAACCCACUGUAUUCCCCCGACAACUGUUCUCAAAACUUUGACUUUUAUGCUUGUCGCAAAAGUCGACGAUGCGCUCAAGCCUGAAGUCAUCAAGUGGUCCGCCUUUUAUGAGCACCGAAUCAAGCUGGGAAGUAAAGUUAUUUUCCACCUCGAGGCUUUCGUGGCUAAGUUCAUGCGUAUCUAUGAGAGUUUCUUGAUGGGCAUGAUGGACUUCUAA